AUGAGAAAUUUCAUGGAGAAACAAGAUAGACGAGUUGUUUUAAAUUAUCAAAAUGACAAGCAGUCAAUCCGCAUGGAAGCAGAGAACAAGGAGGAUCUAGUCGAAGAGGAGCGCGUAAAGAUGCUCAAACUAAAUGAAAUAUUGGAAGAGGAUUUUCGGCGACUCCAGGAGGCCAAGGGACUGGACUUUGAAGCACAAGAGAUGACUGAGGAAGAGAAAGAUAUUCUUUGGCGAAAGAAUAACCAGCUGAUGAAAGUAAGCAAGAAAGAUUUUACUGAAAGAGAGCUUGAUAUUAUCCAACAAAGAAUCAAAAAAGUCAGUUUUGAUGAGCUUGAGGAGGUCACAACACAGAAAAAACUCGAGGCUGAAAUUAAAAAGGUCAAGGCUAGUACAAGUCUUCUCAAAGAAAAAUACGAUGUUCUACCGCAAAUAAUCGAGAAGUCAGAUUCUGACGCAGAUGACGAUGCGCUUGAAAAAGCUAAGUAUGAUAUCAUUGCGAAAAAUGCAAUUAUUGCGGCGAAGAAUGAGGUUAAAAUGGAUCAACUUAUGCAGGAGCAGAAACUGAACCAACAAGAAGAAAUGAUGACAAUGAAAGAGCUCCAGAUUCUCGAGUCCAAAGUGGAAAUGGAAACUAAAAUUAUCGAGUCGCUGAAAAUCAAACUUGAGGAGUAUGAUUUGAAACGAAUUUCAAUGCAGAAAACAAAAGAAGAUCUGGAAUUGACUUUGGACGAUGCAAUUGGAAUGUCGGACCCGAGCUUCAUUGCCUUGUCCUUGUCGGCAAAAGAUGGGAUUCUGGAAGGUUGA